AUGUAAUAGUUUCGUGGUUUACAAAGCCGAGCAAAAUAAUCACUCCGUGUCCCUUGCAAUUUUGCACCUCCCUUAUCUCUCUACCUCCCUUCCUCUCUUUUGAGCUUCACCUAUGGCCACCAUCCUGAACACUCCGACAAUUCGUGCACUUCUACCGACACGCCCAAGCACCACCAUAUACAAGACCCCAAAAGCCUUCUGCGCGUCCUUCAGACAUAAUGCAGUCAAACACUCUCGUUUAAGCUCUCUCCCGUUUUCCCACCUACCCUUCCCCCCCCGGUUCGUGAAGUUCGUGCCUUUUGCUUCCUCUGGAGAAACUGAGACCACUGAGAACCAAGGGAAGGUUCAAGAACCUCAGCAAGCUGAGGAGUCCCAAGAGGAAGUUCAAGAACCUCAGCAAGUCGAGGACAUUCUGGAUGGUGCUGUUGGCAUUGAAGAUGGUACUAGUGAUGAUGACGCUCCUGGUGCUGAGGAAGUACCUACUUCAGCCAUUCUAUUAUCACUCCAAUCAUAUAAAGAAGCUUUAUCAAGCAAUGAUGAAUCCAGAGUUGCUGAAAUAGAAUCUUUCUUAAAAUCCAUCGAGGAAGAGAAAAUUGAUCUUGAAAGGAAAUUAGCUUCUUUGUCUGACGAACUGUCAGCAGAGAAGAGUCGAGUCCUUAGGAUUAGUGCAGACUUUGACAAUUUUAGGAAAAGGACAGAGAGGGAGAGGCUUUCAACGUUAACAAAUGCUCAGGGGGAAGUUGUGGAAAGCUUGUUGCCAGUAUUGGAUAAUUUUGAGAGAGCUAAAGCCCAGAUUAAGGUAGAGACUGAGGGGGAAGAGAAGAUCACCAAUAGCUAUCAAAGCAUAUACAAGCAGUUCGUAGAGAUACUUAGCUCACUUGGUGUAGUUCCAGUGGAGACAGUUGGAAAGCCCUUUGAUCCAUUGCUGCACGAAGCAAUUAUGCGGGAGGAUUCUGAUGAGUAUGAAGAAGGCAUCAUUAUCGAUGAGUUUCGCCGGGGCUUCAGGCUGGAUGAUAGACUCUUGCGACCAUCAAUGGUAAAGGUAUCAGCUGGUCCAGGGACUGCAAAGUCUGAACAAGAGUCGUCGGAAGGGCAUGAUACAUUGGAAAGCACCGAGGAGGGCACUACUACAGAAUCGGAUUCUACUUGAAAUUGCCAAACUCACAUCCUCGACUCAGUUUUGUAAAAGCUGGAGUUUUUAUAUUUGCUUUGGUUUCCUUUAUAUCUGCUUUGGUUUCAUUUGUAAGACCAAUUUUGUAAAAGCUGGAGGUUGCUGGGGGGAACGUACACGGUGAGUGCACUUUUUAUUGGUUAGAGUUCUGAUGGAUAUGGGAUUUGAAUUGAAGUUAAAGAAACAUUAAUUCUACAAAAAGAAUUUAUAAAAACAAAAAUUUUAAGGAA